AUGACCAAGGCGAAGGACUUUCCAUUGGUGCAGUCCGGCGUGACGCCCUGCAAAGGAACCGGCGGGACGGACUGGAGCUCGAAGUUCCGCGCCUGCACCGCUCUAUGGAUCAAAUCUGCCUCCGAGCCGCAAUUCCGGUAUGAACGCUCCCAGCAGAUACUUGCCGAAGCGUGCAAUCGUCUCCGCUGCAAAAAGCAAAGGGCUCGAGCCACUCUUCCAGACUACAGCUUCGUGGGCGAGAAUGCAGACAUUACCACAUUGUACAAGCAGGCUUGCUUGCUGUGUCACAAACCCAUGGCUCAUACCAUCUUCGGCUUUGGAAGCAAGCGCGCGACAUGCCGGCUCGCAAUCAAGACGGGCGUGCUCGUCUGGAUAUGCUUGCAAGUCUUCCAUAACGAAGCAGAGCUUGAGGAUGAUUUUGAAAUGAUCUGGAACUGCAGUUAGGCACUGGACGGUGGCACCAAGUUCUUCAUGGAGAAGUAAUUCGCCGACGGGCAGCACAUCGAGGGUCAACUAUUCGCAAAUGGUCUCGGAGACGUCAUACAUUUCCGAUAGUGCUAAUGCAGAAUCCAGCAUAUUUUUCAAAAAGUUGUCGAAAAGCGUCCCAGUCUAUUCUUCGAGUACAUGCCAGGACUUAGAGACUAGCUCACGUAACCGGCAGUAAAGCUUGGAUGAGUGAU